CGCACACAGGUGAUUCCGUGCGUGGAGCCUGGUGGCACAGCGCCGUCAUGGAUGACUACACGGUCCUGCGAGUCAUCGGUGAGGGCACCUUUGGCCGAGCACUUUUGGUGCAGCAGGAAAGCAGCAACCGGAUGUUUGCCAUGAAGGAAAUAAGACUCCCCAAGUCUUUCUCCAAAACACAGAAUUCUAGGAAGGAGGCUAUUCUGUUAGCCAAAAUGAAACACCCCAAUAUUGUGGCUUUUAAAGAAUCAUUUGAAGCUGACGGACAUCUGUACAUUGUGAUGGAGUACUGCGAUGGAGGGGACCUCAUGCAAAAGAUCAGACUCCAGAAAGGGAAGCUGUUUUCUGAAGCUACGAUACUUAGUUGGUUCACACAAAUGUGCCUUGGAGUAAAUCACAUUCACAAGAAGCGUGUGUUACAUAGAGAUAUCAAAUCCAAGAAUGUGUUCCUCACCCAAAGUGGAAAAGUGAAAUUGGGAGAUUUUGGAUCUGCCCGUCUUCUCUCCAAUCCCAUGGCCUUUGCUUGUACGUAUGUGGGAACACCUUAUUAUGUGCCUCCAGAAAUUUGGGAAAACCUGCCUUAUAACAAUAAAAGUGACAUCUGGUCCUUGGGAUGCAUCCUGUAUGAACUCUGUACCCUUAAACAUCCAUUUCAGGCAAAUAGUUGGAAAACUCUUAUCCUCAAAAUAUGCCAAGGGUCCAUCAGUCCACUGCCAUCUCAUUAUUCCUACGAACUCCAGUAUCUAAUCAAACAGAUGUUUAAACGGAAUCCCUCCCAUCGCCCAUCUGCCACGACACUUCUCUCCAGAGGCAGCUUAGCCCGGCUUAUCCAGAAGUGCCUACCACAAGAGAUCAUCAUAGAAUAUGGGGAGCAGAUAUUAGAAGAAACUGGAAAAUCCCAGGCUAGUACACCGAACAGAAAGGUAGAGAAUAAAUCAGCCCAUUGGAGGAAAGCCAAUCCCCUAAGCCCUUGCAGGCAACAGUGGGCGAAAGACGUUUCCAGGACAGCUGUCACGGCUUUGCAGAACGCACCCGUACUGGCCUCCAGUUUCACAGCCGAGGACACUCAAGGUGGCUCUGUAAUAAGGCACAAGGAAAACAGUGCCCGUAAGCAGUGGCUCAGAGAGUCUCCAGAGGCUUUGUUGGACAUUCUUAGGAACGCUGACCUCAGUUUGGCAUUUCAGACAUACACCAUCUGUAAACCAGGCUCCGAUGGGUUCUUGAGGGGCCCCCUGUCUGAAGGAGCAGAACCAUCAGACAGUGUUGAUGGAGUUCAUGAUUCUGUCGUUUUGGAUCCCGAGAGACUUGAACCUCGACUAGACGAGGAAGACACGGACUUCGAGGAAGAUGACAACCCAGACUGGGUAUCAGAACUGAAGAAGCGAACUGGAUCACAAGGAGAGGCUCUUGGAUGAUGCCCUCAAUGUUCCUUAAUUUUUUAAAGAAAGAACAAAUUCUUGGAUGAUCAUUAGUUGAAGGAUAUACGGUUUUCUUUGGAAAUAGAAUAGAAAGUGAGAAGCUGUGAAUAUUUAGAAUCAUUUCUGAUUAGUAUCACAAAGUUUAAAAAAGAUUGGAGAACAAGUACGAGGUUUUGAACUUGAAGAACAGCAAUUGGUUGUUAGAUCAACCGCUGGCUAGCUGUUUGACUAGGGAAUUAACCUCUCUGAGCCUCAAUGAGGACAGUUAAGCCCACCUCAGAGGGAUGCUGACCAGAGACCACGCACCAUCGCAAAAUGUAGUCAUGGUUGGUACUUCUUGUGCCUUUCAUUUUAUACUUUCUAAGAGAUUAACAGCUGAAAUGCAUUUAAUUUUAAUAGAUCAGUGUAUGAAAUUUUAAAAUAAGACUGACCGGGUAGUUUGUGUGAGCUUCACUUCAUAUGUCAUCUUUACCAUAUGUCAGCUGCCCGAAAUUCUAUUAUGGACCAAAUUGUAUUCUCCUAAAAUGUGUGUUGAAAUCUUAAUCCCUGUGCCUCUAAAUAUAACCCUGUUUAGAAAUAGGGCUUUUUUUGUUGUAUUAAUGAGGUUAUAUCAGAGUAGGGUGGGUGCUAAACCUAAUCACUUUUGAGUUAUGAAAUGAGCAGAGUGAACAUGCGGCAUAAACACGGGAGAGAAGCAGGUAGAUGGCAAAGGCGAUACGUCUACAAACCCUGGAGCACCAAUCCUGCAGCAUGCACAGAGGAGCCCAGGUCAGAGAUCAGUAACAUGCGCGUGGGUAGACUAUAGAUUUUAUAACAGAAGAUAGUCCUUCCAACAGAGGCAAGAAGACCACGGGAGUAGAUGUGAUAAAUGUCUACAGAUAGGGAGUGGUGUGUAACAAGUGCUGGGUCCUAUCACGUGCUACUCGUGACGCACACAUAUUUCAUUAAGUAAGCAACAGACUGAGGUGCCUUCAGUUUUACAGUAUCAGGUAGAGGGAGUGUUCCCUAAGUAGACAUUGCAUUCACACCAAUAAUACAUUCAGGUAAGAGAGAUGCAACUACUUCAUAUAAGAUCCAUGUAAAUCUUCCCUCUCUCAUACAGAUGUCCACUAUUCUCUCAUCAACCGUUGCAUUCCCAUAAGCUCUGAGUCAAACCUUAGGCCCUUUAAUAUGCAUAUGAGGUGAUUGAAAGUACCAUGGCUUGUGUCAGGUGCACCUUAGUCCUCAAAGUGAGAAGUGUGUAAACUUGGAGGAUAUGUUUAAAACCAAUAGGUUCACUUUUUGUAUUGUUUAAUAAACAUUCCUGAUUUUGUACCAAUA